AUGCUACGUGGCGACGGGGGUUUGAGUGAGUGUUCCGGGAGCGACUGCGCGCCGAGCAGCCGGGCGUCGAGCGUGGGCGACGUGCCGCUGCCACCGCUCCCGCCACCGACACCGCCGCCAGACGUGGACGGAAUGGCCGCGGAUGGGAUCUACAGCAUCAUCAAGGAGCUGCGGCGACAGAUUGAGGACCCGGCGACUCAGCAGGACAUCAGGGCGAUGCUGAAGAGGGAUCCCUCUGUCCUGCGCGCUGUUGCCCGCGUGCUGCACGAGUCGUCGCUGCUGCGGCGAGCAGUGGUGAGUGCGAACGGGCAGGUGGGCGAGCAGGUGGUGCCCCUGCCCGAGGCCCCACCCCCGCCCUUGCCGUCGGGGUGCCAUGGCUGGGCUUGA